AGCGUUUCCUGCUCAAGAAUGCUUGCAGCCGCCCUGGCUGUCUACCGAAUUGGUAAACGCUUGCGGGGAAGGUUCUCAGGCUAUGUCGAGAAGAGAAAGGCGCUGAAACUUGCGCGCGAGCAGGCUCAGAGCAGGACAUCCAAGAGGCUUGCGCAGGUGUUCGAUGAUGAGUAUGACGAGGAGGAGGCAGAGGAGGAAGAUCAGACCGACGAUGAAGAGAUUGGGGACGACUUCGAUGAAGGAGAAGAGGAGGAGCGGGACAUGUGGGGCGGCCUGCAGUUGCGGCCCGACGCAGGCAGGAGACAACUCUGACGAGAACCAGCUCACCGAGUGGGACGAGGUCCUGGAUGACGCGGAAGUGGAGGAUCUGCAUCGCCUGGUCCGGGAGCUGCAGCCCAAGCUCCUUCAGCCUGAAGAGGUCCCGGCCCAGGAGCUGAGGUUUCGGAAAGAACUGGUGAAGGGCCGACCGCUCAUCAAGUUCAACGCGGUGUUGCAGUUUGGAGAGGGUGCUCGAUCAGCACGUGGGUGUGGCGUGGAGGGCGCCGGUGCGCUGUGGAGCUGUCCUGGGAGGUUGCGGCCAAGGCAUGUCCCGGAGUUCAUCAUCGUCACCGGCCACACACAGCGGCAGCGGGGCAACAUGGGGGUCAACGGUUUCUACCAGCGCUUCAACCAGGACUUUCACGGUCGGCCUGUCUACCAGAAGAUCAUGGAGAGGCGCCAGGUCCAGAAAUCUCUCGUCACCGAGGAGGGCGACCUACUGCCAAGCCCAGAGGACAACUUCAUCCGCGCAUGGAAGCCGCGCAGCGAGGAGGCUUUGGUUCUUUCCAGGCGUUUCCAGACUGUCGGAGAAGUGCCGGCGGAAGAUGGCGAAGACGUGGUGGUCUUCCCCAAGUUGCUUCCAUCCAGAGAAAUCUGGUUCCUGUUUUUUGAUGACCGGCGAGGUGCCUGGUGCAUUGGCCCCGCCAUUGGUGCCACGGAGGUGUACGCUAAGUGCUUCACAGUUGAGGAGGCGAUUCCCUGCAACUUGGGGGAAUGGCAGAUGUGGGACAUUGGCAAGAAGGAGUGGUACACCAAUAAGGGCCUUCGGCUCAUCAAGGUGGGCUGAGGCCUUAAAAUUCCGGAAGCGCCCUGCGCAUGCUGGGCUGAUGUACAAAGGGUUGCACUCGGCUGCGCUAACUCUGCGUAGCUCACGUCUGCUGUCAGUGGCUUUCCUUACAUCAGUUGGCCAGGAAAGCCGCAUGAGCUUGCAGAGAGCCUUGGAGGUUUGAUGUCCUCCAUUCGAAUUGGGUUAGUUGCACAUGGCGCCACUCAAGGUGGGCCAAAACCCGUGCCACCACCGAAGUCCCUAGGGCACGGAGCGACUGCCAGAGGCAGUCGGCUUCAAGAAACGGAG